UGUUACUUAUUUUCUCUCUUAAAACCCAUAACCAAAACAAGAGGGGAAAUAAUAAUAAUAUUGGUGAGUGUAUGGGUUGGGCUAUCGCAUUGCACGGUGACAUUCCCCGUGAACUCAGAGAAUCCUGCCUCCAUCGUUGCUUGGGCAUUGCCAUUGACGCUCUUAAUUCCCACAAAUCACCUUUAGACGUUGUUGAACUUGUAUUGCUCUUUUCUUUUGUGCGGGAACUGGAAAAUGACCCACACUUCAAUGCUGGUAAAGGUUCGGUCUUGACCAACAAUGGCACAGUGGAAAUGGAAGCUUGCAUCAUGGAUGGAAGUACAAAGAACUGUGGAGCUGUUUCUGGCCUCACUACAGUUGUUAAUGCUGUAUCUCUAGCUAGGCUAGUCAUGGAGAGAACUCCACAUAUAUAUCUUGCGUUUGAGGGAGCCGAAGCAUUUGCUAGGGAGCAGGGGGUUGAAACUGUAGACUCGAGCCAUUUUAUCACUCCGCAAAAUAUUGAGAGAUUGAAACAAGCAAAAGCAGCUAACAGUGUUCAGGUAGAUUAUACACAGCCUAUAUCAAUAGUUGAUGAACCACCAGUUCCCAAUGGGGAUAGCCAAAUUGGGACGGUGGGAUGUGUAGCUGUUGACAGUUCUGGAAAUUUAGCGGCUGCUACGUCUACUGGAGGACUAGUAAACAAGAUGGUUGGUAGAAUAGGAGAUACUCCCCUUGUUGGUGCAGGAACAUAUGCAAAUAAAUUCUGUGCAGUGUCUUGUACAGGCAAAGGCGAAGAAAUUAUCCGCGCAACUGUAGCAAGAGAUGUGGCUGCUCUAAUGGAAUACAAAGGACUAACUCUGAAGGAAGCAACAGAUUAUGUUAUAAAAGAAUCUACACCAAAAGGGACUACUGGCUUGAUUGCUGUGUCUGCCACAGGGGAAGUCGUCACACCAUUUAACACAACCGGCAUGUUUAGAGCUUGUGCUACUCAAGAUGGAAAAACACAAAUAGGAAUUUGGUAACUUUGAGAUUGGAGUAGCCCACCAGGUGGGAAAAUGUCAUGGCCAGAAUUACUAGGAGUGACAGCAGAGGAAGCAGAGAGGAAGAUAAAGGAG